GUCCGCAGCGCGCGCUUCCCCCCCAACACCGAGCUCCUCGAGUCAUCGAAGGUCGGCGUCCGAAAUCUGAUGUCCAGGAUCCUCUGCUACCGAAAGUAGACAGUAGCUCCCGAAAUCGGCGAACACACUUCACACCACCUCAGCCGACUGGGCAUCGCCUCUCUUCUCUCUUAGCGUGAUGCGAUGCCGAGUCAGUCUAACGAAAUCAACCACAUAGCUUCGAGACAGUUUUCUGCCGACAUGUCGCCCAACACGGAAGGCGUCAACGCCGGGCUUAUCAAUCGACUUCUCGUUAUCCUCUUCGUUAAAGCCAGAACCCAUAGGUAUCUUCGGUGGUUAAGGAAGCCCUCUCCUGGUUUAAUGUCCAUAUUCAACAUGUGCAUCAAGGUGAAGCCAGUUGCAAGCCUAGCCGAAGCCAACGCCAUGCGAUUUGUGGCCCGACACACCUCCGUUCCCGUUCCCAACGUGUACUGCGCCUUUAUUCAUAAAGGUGCUACUUAUCUUGUGAUGAGCAAGAUGCGUGGUAAAAUGGCAUGGUAUGGCUGGCAAGCCCGCACCGAAGAGUCGAAAUCGAUAGUUCUUGCUCAACUCCGUCAAAUGGUUACCGAACUCCGCUCUGUACCCCCUCCAGAUGGGGUAAGUGUCGGUGGUGUGGGCGGCGGUCCGUUCUGCGACUGUCGCUUACCUUUCAAGCUACUUUGGGGGCCGUUUACUACCACCCGCGACUUCCACGAGGCUCUUGCAAAUAGUGCAGAUUUGAAUGCUGAUUACGCGUGUCUGCCUGAUGACGUGCACGAGCUCUUGGAGUUCUAUAGACAGUCAGAUACCCAGCUUGUUUUGACCCAUGGUGAUCUCAGUAGCCUAAAUAUUUUAGUUGAGGGGGACGACGUGAUGGGUAUUGUGGACUGGGAGACAGCAGGAUGGUUGCCACCAUACUGGGAGUACACCUGUGCCAAGUAUGUUAACCCUGUUAAUGAAUUCUGGGCGGCAGAGAUAGAUAAGUUCUUGGAGCCCAUGCCAUAUGAGCUGAAGAUGGAGAGGGUCAGGCAGAAGUAUUUUGGUGCUCUCUGA